AUGGCCGAAAACAUUUACAGCAGGGGAACUAGAGUAUGGUUCGCCGACAAGGAGCAAGGCUGGAUUUCUGCGGAGGUCGCUUCCGUCUCGCGAAGUCCCGAUGACGCGGUCAAGCUGGUGUUCAUAGACGAACGGGGCAAAGAAAUUGUUAUCGAUACCACGGUUCAAGACAUCAAGAAUGGGAAGGAAGGCCUACCUCCGUUGCGAAAUCCUCCGCUGCUAGAAACCGCCGAUGAUUUAGCCACUCUAUCUCAUCUUAAUGAACCGUCUGUCCUGCAUACCAUACGCAAUCGUUAUGCGCAACACAGCAUCUACACUUACAGUGGCAUUGUCUUAAUUGCAAUGAAUCCAUUUCAACGCGUCACACUGUAUGGACCUGAAAUCAUCCAGGCGUACAAUGGCCGGCGGAGAGGGGAAUUAGAGCCGCAUCUGUUUGCUAUAGCUGAAGAUGCUUAUACCGCGAUGAGCAGAGAUGGUACAGGCCAGACGAUUAUUGUUUCUGGAGAGAGUGGUGCAGGAAAAACGGAGUCUGCAAAGUUUAUCAUGCGUUAUCUGGCUUCCGUGAAUCCUCCCAACUCAAAGGGUAGAAGCAAAACGAAAGCAUCGCUUGAUGAUUCCAGCGAGGUUGAACGUCAGAUCCUCGCUACUAACCCGGUUUUGGAGGCAUUUGGAAAUGCGAAGACCACACGAAACGACAACUCCUCCCGAUUUGGUAAAUAUAUUCAGAUCCUUUUCGACGGCAAUCAGGAGAUUGUUGGUGCUCGAAUAAGAACAUAUCUGCUGGAGCGCUCUCGAGUUGUCUUUCAACCCCUCACCGAGCGCAAUUAUCAUAUUUUCUAUCAGCUUUGUGCGGGUGCGCCUUUGAAGGAAAGGAAAGAUCUUGGGCUAGAUACAGACAUCACCAAAUUCCAAUACCUCAAUCAAGGCGGUCCGCAGUCCACACCCAUUGCUGGCGUAGAUGAUGCUGAGGAAUUCCGGCAGACUCAAACGGCACUAUCGACGAUAGGCAUCAGUGUCGAGAAGCAGUGGGCGGUUUUCAAGUUGUUGUCGGCAUUACUUCACCUUGGAAACAUUAAGAUCUCCCAGACUCGUUCCGACGCCAUCAUCGAUGAUACGGAUCCUGCCCUACAGAUGUCAACAAGAUUCUUAGGUGUUACACUCGCUGACUUCAAGAAAUGGACCGUCAAGAAGCAGAUUACUACGCGUUCCGAAAAAAUUGUUACUGCCCUCAAUGCUGCGCAGGCCACAGUAGUGAGAGAUAGUGUGGCUAAAUUCGUUUAUGCAUGUCUAUUUGAAUGGCUCGUCGCCAUCGUCAAUGAGAGUCUUGCUGGUGAGGGUGGAGAAGCGGCCAACCGUGCAGAGAUGUUCAUUGGAGUCUUGGACAUUUACGGAUUUGAACAUUUUAAGAAGAAUUCUUUCGAGCAAUUUAGUAUCAAUUAUGCAAACGAGAAACUACAGCAAGAGUUCAACGCUCAUGUUUUCAAAUUGGAGCAAGAAGAAUACGUUCGCGAGAAGAUCAAUUGGACGUUCAUCGAUUUUUCUGACAAUCAACCUUGCAUAGACGUUAUCGAGGGAAAGCUUGGAGUAAUGGCCCUCUUGGAUGAAGAAUCGCGGCUUCCCUCCGGUACCGAUACCUCCUUUCUUCAAAAGUUGCACACCCAGCUGGGAAAGCCCGAAAACAGCAAAGUGUUCAAGAGACCGCGAUUUGGUAAUUCGGCGUUCACUAUAGCGCACUACGCUUUGGACGUGACAUACGAAGUUGAGGGAUUUCUGGAGAAGAACAGGGAUACUGUACCGGACGAGCACAUGGCCCUUCUCAUGUCAACGAAAAACUUGUUCCUGAAGGAGGUGCUCGACGCCGCCUUCGCUGCCACUAAAGCUCCCGAUGCCGCGUCGCCAGGAUCUCCAACGUUCUCGGACACUGGCAGUGGCGGCUCACGACGCUCAUCCGUCAUUCCUGAUCCCGGUCGUCAAUCUUUAAUUUCAUCUGCUGUAUCGUCUUCUCUUGGGUCAAAACGACCCGGUGGUAUAGCGCGAAAACCUACUCAAGCAUCAAUAUUCAAAGCAUCCUUGGUAAACCUAAUGGAUACCCUAAACGUCACGAAUGUCCACUACAUACGAUGUAUCAAGCCGAAUGAACAGAAGAAGGCAUGGGAAUUCACGCCCCAGCAGGUUCUGGGCCAGUUGCGCGCGUGUGGUGUUUUAGAAACUAUACGCAUCAGUUGCGCUGGGUAUCCUUCUCGCUGGAUAUACGAAGAAUUUGCAGAGAGGUACUACAUGCUAGUCCACUCUUCCGAGUGGGGGCCCAUGAUCCAGAAUUUGGAGCUCAAGCCCCUCUGCUCUCUUAUUCUGCAGAGGACUAUCAAUGACACGGAUAAAUACCAGCCAGGUUUGACGAAGAUAUUUUUCCGUGCGGGCAUGUUGGCAGCCCUAGAAUCUCUACGUUCAGACAGAUUGAAUGCGCUCGUUACGAUCGUGCAGAAGAACAUGCGUAGACGAAUGGCCGUUAAGCGUUAUCGAGAGUUACGGCAGGCGACAAUCCAGAUUCAAACUUGGUGGCGUGGCAUACUUGCUCGCCGGUUUGUCAUAAAGGUUCGACGAGAAGCAGCUUCUGUCAGGUUGCAGACAGGCGUUAGGGGUUAUCUUCGCAGGCACUGGUUCUCGGAGGUCAAGCGCAGCAUCGUCAACAUUCAAAGCCAUGUGCGCGGUAUUCAGGCUCGACGCCAGUUUGUCGAAUCUCGUAGAACGCAUGCGGUUGUGACUCUUCAAAGUCUAUCUCGCGGAAUCCUCUCGCGGCGAGUAUAUCACUCGGACGUUGGGAAAGUUAUCUACAUCCAGUCAUGUAUCCGCCGUCGUCUAGCGCGCAAAGAGCUGAAAGCUCUGAAAGCCGAAGCUCGUUCCGUCUCGAAGUUCAAGGAAAUCUCUUAUAAGUUGGAGAAUAAAGUCGUUGAGCUUACGCAAAAUCUCCAAAAACGCACAGAAGAGAAGAAGGAACUUCAAGGGAAGAUGACGCGACUCGAGCAACAGCUGCAGCAGAUGGUUUCACGACAAGAAGAAUCUGAAGCGCGCGCGAAGCAGCUGCAUUUAGAGCUGCAAAUGGCGCAAAAGGAGCUUACUCAUAGAGAAGAACUCUUACUCCUCAAGGAGGAUGUGGAGAGGAAACUGGAUGAAGCAUUGGCUAAAGCCGGUGAGAAGGAAGACACGAUCCAGCGACUCACGGAUAGCCUGGCCGAACAGGCUGCUCAGCUGGAGGCGCAACAAAGAGCUCUUACAGACGCGCCUCCGAGGAGCGCAGAUGAUAGUUCCGUAAUUCUCACCCUAAAGAGCGAGGUUAGCAACCUAAGGGAGCAACUCAACCGCGCUAACGCUUUGAAUGCUUUGACAAGGGGAGGUCGCGCCGAACCCACUUCUCCUACAUUCGCAACUGGUUUGCGCCUUGCGGAAGUCCCUGCGCCCAUGGCCGCGGCCAACGGAUCCGCCCUUGUUCCGUCGGCGGCGCGUGGACACCAACGAAGGCAUAGUUCCGCCGGGGUGUAUGCCAUAAGCCCGGUCGACAACCGAACGUCAGCGGAUGAACUCAUGAUCACUGCAAAACGGAGUCAGGCUACUAAUCCUCGUGCUGUGUCCGUCGCUUAUAAUGGCGAGGAUGGGCUGCCUAGGUUCCGCGCCCCGAACGGUAUCUCGGACGUGUACGAUCCUGCGGAAGAGAAGAUUGCGCUGAUGCAGGAUAUAAGGCGUUUGGACGAAGAUGUACUGGAUGGACUCAUUCGUGGUCUGAAGAUACCUGCCCCUAGCACCACAAAUCCCUCCGCCGUGAAAGAAAUCUUAUUCCCUGCAAAUCUCAUCAGUCUGAUAACAAACGAAAUGUGGAAGUAUGGCCUGAUACCAGAAAGCGAGAGAUUUCUUGCGAAUGUCAUGCAGACCGUUCAGUCUCAUGUCAUGUCUUUCUCCGUGGAGGAGGCUAUUGUUCCAGGGAUCUUCUGGCUUUCUAAUGUUCACGAAAUGCUGUCAUUCAUUUGCGUAGCCGAAAGCGAUAUGCUGCAGGGAAUCGGCCCUGGCGAAGAAAACGCCGUGCGUCCCUUCGAGUGGGCCGAUUAUGAGAGGCUUGUCUCAGUCGUGAAGCACGAUCUGGACAGCUUGGAAUACAACAUCUAUCACACUUGGAUGCUUGAGACCAAGAAAAGGCUAUCAAAGAUGGUCAUACCCGCGUUAAUCGAGAGCCAGUCGUUACCUGGCUUUACAACGACCGAUGGUGGCGGUAGAUUAUUCAAUCGGCUCCUCAGCUCUAAUGCACAACCUGCGUAUAGCAUGGAUGAUAUUCUCAAUCUGCUCAACAAAGUUUGGAAAAGCUUGAAGAGUUACUAUAUGGAGGAUUCAGUGGUCCAGCAAGUUGUUACUGAACUCCUGAAGUUGAUUGGUGUGACGAGUUUCAACGAUCUACUCAUGAGGCGAAAUUUCUCCUCGUGGAAACGAGCGAUGCAAAUCCAAUACAACAUCACACGUAUCGAGGAGUGGUGCAAGUCGCACGAUAUGCCCGAGGGAACGCUCCAGCUCGAACAUCUUAUGCAGGCUACUAAAUUACUGCAGCUGAAGAAGUCUACACCUGCCGAUAUAGAGAUCAUCUACGAUGUGUGUUGGAUGCUCACCCCAACCCAGAUACAGCGGAUGUGUACGAAUUACUAUGUCGCGGAUUACGAAAACCCCAUCUCCCCGGAGAUACUGCGAGUCGUCGCCUCAAGAGUUGUCGCUAAUGACCGGAACGACCAUUUGUUAUUGGCGCCUGAAACGGAGGAAGUGGGGCCUUACGAAUUGCCCCUGCCCCGUGAAGUCUCUGGUCUCGAGACCUACGUCCCUGCUUAUCUCAAUGUGCCUCACUUGAGAAGAUUGGCCGCUCUGGUAGCAUAG